AUGGAUGCCGUCACUGCAUACUUGUACGGGACACUAGAAAAUGACAUCUACAUGAAAAUCCUUAAAGGAUUAAAAAUGCCUGAAACAUUAAAAUCAAUACCUCGAGACAUGUGUGCUAUAAAGCUAAAAAGAUCUUUAUAUGGUCUUAAACAAUCUGGCCCAAUCUACGUGGAUGAUAUAAACAUCAUUAGAGCUCCUGAAGAGAUAGAAAAAGCUGCUAAUAUAUUAAAGAGAGAAUUCGAGACGAAAGACCUUGGCACAACAAAAUUAUGUCUCGGCCUGCAGUUCGAGCAUUUGCGCAACGGUACAUUCAUACAUCAGUCGGACAAAGCUCAUCCGUUUAGCAUACCCAUGGUUGUCCGACCGCUAGAUCCUCAAAAGGACCCUUACCGCCCUCAAGAAGAAGGCGAAGAAGUACUUGGUCCAGAACUAUCGUACUUAAGUGCGAUCGGUGCUCUUAUGUAUCUUGCAAAUAACACGAGACCUGAUAUUGCAUUCUAG